GAGAAGAAGCGCGUCUCCGAGCUCUAUCAGCGAACCAUGGGGGCGAUGGGGGCCGGGCCACAGGCCGCAGCCCCGCCGCCCGCGGCAGUCACCGACCCGCCGCGCUCGGCGACGGGCGGGUGCGGCUCGGCCGAAGAGUUCGAGGCCCUCCGGUCUCAGCUUGCCGAGCAGCAGGAGAUGCUUGCCAGGACGGGGGAGGCGGAGGGCGAGUCGCUGCGCGGGCGCCUGCGGAAGCUCGCCAUGG